CUCACGCGACCCGAGUGUCGCCUCCCUACCCCGGCAAAGAGUCACAGCAGCAGCAGCAACAACAACACAACAAGCAGCAGCAGCAGCAAAAAGAAGAAGAACAACAACAGCAAGUGCAGAACCAGCCAUUGGAGCCCUUCGAGUGGAAGGGCUACGCGGUUGACUGCCCGGGCUGCGAAGCCUUCUCGUGCCCCGCGCUUGCCCGCGCGCCGCUGGUGCCGCCGCGCGGUACCCGACGACUGCGGCUGCUGUUCCGUGUGCGCCGCGGGUCGCGGGGAGCGCUGCUACCCGGCCGUGGUGGGGCUCAAUUGGCUCAAGUGCGCAAAGGGGCUGCGCUGCCGCCCGGCGGGCGAGGACGAGUUCGGCGACACGUACGGACUCUGCGAGGACUGCCCCGCAGGCACGUACGGGUUGGGCUGCUCGGGCGUGUGCAACUGCCUGUCGGGCCGCUGCGAGCCGGAGAGCGGCAAGUGCCACCGUCUGCCGUUCGUGCAGAACGCCGCCCGCACGCCGCCCAAGAAGCGCCUGGCCGCCUCGCACACGAACUAUCGCUGGCACAGAACUGGAUAAGAGAGAGAGAGAGAGAGAGAAGACUUCCCCCAAAUGAAGCAGAGACAGCAGGAUCAGUCUUUGGGUCUUUGGGGGCACAUCUUUUGAGCAUAUGUAUUAAGUAUAGUAUUCAAUAAAUUAAAAUACCCUUUAUUGUAGUGAGGCAGAAACAUUUAUUUCUUGCAAGUAAGAAUACAACUUAGCCUUUAAGAUAUUUAUAGCAGGCAGCCGGUUUUUAAAAUCCAUUUUGCAAAGAUCAACAGUCGUGGGGAAAUUAACCAUUGACCCUGUUUAAACUGGAAUUCUGUAACCUAUACCAAAGCAUCAUGGCACCAUUUAUAAUUUCUGUAGAAGGGAUGCAGUUUGGACAUGGGCGUGUUUGUGAUGACCAGAGAAGCCCAAAGCCAGUUGAUACUUCCACUUUCCCGAUGUUGGGUGUGUUGAGAGGUUGAUUUUGAAUGACAGGCAAGUGGGAAUUCAGCACACAAUCAGCAGUCAUAGGGUUUGAGUGUGGAAACGGCUAAUUCGGUUAACAAUUGUGUGACAAAUUUUAUUGGAAAACAAAAACAACAAAAUUAUUCACAUUUCUCUUGCAUUAUCGGCCAGAUUUCCCAGUGCUGGCAUUUCUCUCAGUGUAGCAGGUCCACCCUUCGAUAAACAUUGUCUUGAUUCAUAUAGUUGUCAUCAUAUUGCAGCCUUAUUUUUGAUGAAUGGCAUUUGUCUUUGAGACUCUCAGGGGAGCAAAAACGAAUAACAGCUCGUGGCUCUUCCAAUGUUCAGUGACAAAAUAUGAGAACAAAACAAAUGCAGGCAGUCCCCGGUGUUGCAGAACGGUUAGGUUCCCCAGAAACGAUCCAUAACCCGAAUUUUCCGUAUGUCGGAAAUCGUUGUGCCUCCCCUACUCGAUUGCUAGUUCGUUUUCUCUCAGUACUGGAAAAGAAUUAGGUAAUGCUACGAAGAAGAAUCUACUUACCUUAAACCUAAUGAAGCUCGGGCUUGGUGAAGGCAGCGUUUUUGUGGCGUGAGGUGUAAGGUGGGUCGCCUUACGCCUCGCUCCGCAGUAUUCAAUCGCAUCCUAACCGCGCUGCACUAUUCGCGCAAUCGUAACUAACGCAAAAAAAGUCAGUAUAUAAAAAAAAAUAAAAAACGAUUUACGGGAGCAUUUCCUGAAAGUCGAAUUUCCGUAAGUUGGGUCUUCUGCAACCCGGGGACUGCCUGUAUAUAUUAUAUUGUACACAGUCAAGUGCCAUUCACUACACAAUGCUAAAAUAGUUCUGAUAUAUGUCAGAGAAAUAUUAAAAGUCUCCUUACUGCAACACUUUAUUUUAGGUCAUCACAAGCUCAUAAAUCUAACACGACUCGGUGAACUUCCUACCAAUCUCUCCAAGGCUGUUCAUCGAUUGUGUGGUUUCAGGCUCAUAGUUUAGUGACACGGGAAUUCAGCUAUUAGGAUAACAACAUAUGUGCUUCAUAUGUGGGCACCCAUGCAGAAAUUAAGAUGUAUUUUUGUACAAAUGUUUCUUAAAAAAUAUAUAUUUAAUAUGUUAUUAUUUUUAUCAUUGUAAGAAACAGGGCUUUUGGUUUUAGUGUAUUGCAAAAAUGUAAGUCGAAAGCAGACACAGUGCCCUUGAAUGGAUGUAAUAACAUUCACCUGUUGACCGAUUCUCGUGCUUAAGAGUGUUUUACCCACAUCAUUCGACAAACACAAUCGGUGGACACUCCGGGGCUAUGAGACGCAUGUGUGUCCUUUGUCCGUAAAGUUAUACAAAGACAAAGAUCCUCCGGAUAGCCUGAACAGACUCCCCUAAUAAAGGGGUUUUUUUGGGGAGUGGGGGGGGGGCGCAAGUGCCGUUAGCGAGCACCUAUGAAGGCCGGCACGGCACAUGAGGAGGUGGGUGGCCAGCACCACACUCGGCCGCCUUUCUAUACGAAUCUGGUCACACGCACGGAGCCCUAGCGGAUUAUGAGACGCACCCCAAAAUAUUGCUUUUAAAUACAGGGGGACAGAGCAACCUUUCUCCUCCAGACAAUACGGUAACAGCACAGUUCACAUACUUAACAAACAGUAUAUAGAUUUUUCUGUGAUCGAUUCGAUAUUUUUUACGGAAAUAAUAUAUUUUGUUAGCUAAGUUAAAUUUAAAUGAUAAGAUGUAUUUAAACGGACAAGAUUCCUUUAUUCGUGUAUUGCGUGUGGCAAAAUGCGUGAUAUAUGCUACGUGUACGUUUUAUAUUUCUAUUUGGUUUCUUAAUGGGUGCAUUAAGAAAUGUUUGAUUUAUAUUAACAUCGAUAAUAUGGUUAUACUGUUUACAGUGUUAAACCAGUUUUUUGUGUUUACAAUGCAUUAGUUAUAAACGUUUUGCAUAGACAUUAAUACAGUUAUGGAUAACUUCUCUUUGUUUUUAUCUUGCUUCUUUGUAUAUGGAUAUUAUUGUAAAUUAAAUAUAAUUUAUCAUG